AUGUGUAAAUUUAUCUAUCGUCAUGGCCAUAGAAAUGUCCGUAGUUUUCCAAAACUUUAUCCAAAUGACCCAUAUAUUAAUGAGACUCAUUGGCCUGGUGGAUUUGAAGCACUCACAAAUGAAGGUAAAAGACAACAAUUCAAAUUGGGGCAAUAUUUCCGAAGAAGAUAUCACAAACUUCUUGGUGAUAAAUAUUCACCAAAAAGAGUGUACGUCCGUUCGACUGACAAAGAUCGCACUUUGAUGUCGGCACUUGCUAAUUUAGCUGGCUUAUUUCCACCACACGCUGAAGAGAAAUGGAAUGAAGACAUUGCUUGGCAACCGAUUCCAGUUCACACAAUGCCCCUAAAAUUGGACUAUGUAUUGCGUGCACCAGGUGAUUGUCCAAGAUAUUCUGCCGCUCUCAAGAAAUACAAAAAUGAAUCACCAGAAGUGUUGCGAAUACUUAAAGAAAACAGAGAAAAUAUCUUAUAUUGGUCGAAAAUGUGCGGAUCGAAUUUAAGCAACUUUGAUGAUAUUAGCCGAUUAUAUGUCGUACUUAAUAUGCAAAGGCAUCAUAAUAAAACACUUCCCGAUUGGGUAAUAAAAGCCAUUGAACCAAAUGGUGCUUUGGAGGCCUUUGCUCACAUGUGGUUUACAACGUUGUCGAAUACCAAAGAAUUGGCUCGAUUGAUUUCUGGAUUUUUGAUUAAAGAAAUGUUCGAACGUUUCGCUCAAAAAAUAAACUCAACAUUGGAGCCAAAUCGUUCAUUGUGGUUCUACUCAGCACAUGAAACUGGGAUGGGAGCCUUAAUGAAUAGCUUGGGAGUUUUCGAACCACAUGUACCACCAUUUGCAUCGAGUGUGCAUUUGGAAUUAUACAAAAAUGGAGAACAAGAGCAUUACAUUCAAAUUUUCUACAGAAAAUCGGAUGAAGAAGUCCUUCUGCCAUUGAAUAUACCGAAUUGUGGGGAAAAGUGUUCGCUGAAUCAAUUAUACAAAUUGUACAAUGAUAUUAUACCUGAUCGUGAUCAUGACACUGAAUGCCGCCUUCCCAAGUAG